CCAGAUUCCUGGGACUUUACAUCAAAAAUGGAGGAGAUAACGUCACUUGUGAAACAAAUGCAGAAUGCAGGAAAUCUGGAUCCAAGAAUUGAGGACUUAGUAACAAAGAUCAAUGAACUGCAGCAAGCUGUAAAGAUAAUGAGUGAGGAACUCUGUGAGGCAAAUGAACAGAGCGCAACACUGCAGAAGGAACUGGAAAAAUUGAAUGAAGAGGAGUCAAGGCUUGAGGAAAUAUUAAAUGAGAAGAAAGCAGUUCGAAAGAAUAUGGAGCGGCACUCUGAAGAGAGAGAAGCAGAGAUGAAGAGACAGCAGAAACUGAACCUGGAAAGUCAGCAGAGAAUUGAGGAACUCGAGACCAAGAUUCAGGAGGAGAAACUGAAGCAAAGGAAGCAGAGGAUGGAGUUUGAGCAGUGUCUUGAAGAGCUGAUGGAGAAGCACAAGAGCCUCUGGGAGUGCCAUGUAAGAGAGAAGCCAGUGACUGAGGCAGACAAAGAGCUUUUGCUGAUCGAAGAGAAACAGAUCCAGGAAAACCUGGCCUGUGUGCAGCGUGAGUUGGAUUUGCAGAGGUGUUCUCCCGUCAAUGAUGAGAGAAAGUUUCUCAAGAGCCCAGAGGCGUCCGAUGCCACGGCUCUGUUUCAAGAGGAAAACAAGAAAGCAAAAGAGCAUUUAGAAGCAACCUUCAAGGAGAAUUCUGAUUUGCAGGAGAGAUGCAGAAGACUAACAGCCGAGCUGGAAAAUUUAACGAUGCAGGAUGGUGGCACCGAGGAAGACUAACGUGGUUUUCUGGGUGCUGCAGCUGUGAAGGGAGUACAGAGUAGGUUCAUGGGAUCAGGAAGCGCACUGGAAGCUCAUUGAAAGUUGGCACAAGGAUAGCACGUCUAUAAUACUAGCUGAGAAGAGGAAACCUUGUUGUUGAUAUCCAGAAAAAUC